CUCGUUCCAUUUAAUUACCUUAUUCUGUUCAAAGCCUUUGUUGCUAUUAGAUUUCCUUUAAAACAUUCUUUCUAAAAUGUUUAAAUUAAUUCUUGUUACUUUAAGUUUUUUUGUAUCUCUAAAUUAUGCUUGUGAGUAUUUUUUUUACAUUUGAAAGUCGAAAAAUUGAAAAUUUAAGUUUUUAGACCGUUCGAGAAACAUGCUUCUCAACCCUCGUUACUAUGGACCCAGAAUCGUUGGAGGAAAAGAAGCUGACAUCAAAUCUCAUCCUUACCAAGUCUCGUUGCAACGAAACGGUCACUUUUGUGGAGGUUCUAUACUCGCUCCUACAUUCAUCAUGACUGCCGCCCAUUGUACCAAUCGACAAAACGCAAGUCGCAUACAAGUUCGCGUUGGAUCCUCGUACCGAAGUGGCGACGGAGGUCACAUGCAUCAAGUUGCCGAAAUCAUUCAACAUCCCGAUUACGUAGCAAGUACCACAGAUUACGAUUAUUCCAUCCUUAAACUUGCCACGCCAAUUGAAUUCAAUGAAAAUGCUCAACCAGUGUUGUUGCCAGAAGAUAAGGAACCAGAAGUGGUAGGUUCUGAUUCUGUCGUUAGUGGUUGGGGCAAUACUCGGAAUCCAACAGAGUCUAGUAGGAAGUUGAGAGCUGUUACGGUUCAAAUUGUGGAUCGAGAUGUUUGUGACAAUGCGUAUAAAGAGUAUUAUGGAGUUACGGAACGUAUGUUAUGUGCUGGAAACUUUGAAGAAGGCGGAAAGGAUUCGUGUCAAGGAGAUAGCGGAGGUCCGUUGGUAACGAAAACAGCAGAUGGCAAGGAUAAGUUGAUAGGAGUUGUUAGCUGGGGAAAAUCUUGUGCGGAGCCUCAUUAUCCGGGAGUUUAUUCAAAGGUAUCGACUGUGAGAAGUUGGAUUAAAGAACAUGCAGCUGUUUAA